CUUAAAUGGCCGUAGAAAAUUCGACUCUAAUCAAACUGACAAGUGCCAUGGAAGAGGUGCUUUACAGAUUCGAAGGCAACAACAGCGGCAACGGUUCGAACAAUACGGUGGCCGUAUCGCACUAUCCCAGCGGUUAUACUCUGCCGCAAAUCGUGAUCGCAUCCGCGGUCGUCGUCUUGCUCAUUAUAGCCGUCGUCGUCGGCAACAUGCUGGUCAUAAUCGCCAUCGCCACCGAAAAGGCGUUGAAGAACAUUCAGAACUGGUUCAUCGCGUCGCUGGCCGUUUCCGAUUUUUUGCUCGGGCUCAUCAUCAUGCCGUUUUCGCUGGCAAAUGAAGUCAUGGGGUUCUGGAUAUUCGGACAGCUGUGGUGUGAAAUCCAUUCGGCCCUUGACGUCCUGCUCAGCACCGCUUCCAUAUUAAACCUGUGUCUAAUCUCUCUGGAUCGGUACUGGAGUAUAACGCAAGCCGUGGAAUAUCUUAAAAAACGGACUCCUGUGAGGGCGAUAGUAAUGAUUGGAGCAGUGUGGGUGCUCUCAGCGCUCAUUUCUAUACCCCCUUUGCUGGGCUGGAAGGUACCAAGACCGAAGGACGUCGAGCAGUAUCCAAAAUGCCAACUUAGCGAGGAGCCGGGCUACGUCGUCUAUUCGGCGCUGGGAUCGUUCUACAUCCCCUCCUGCAUCAUGGUGUUCGUGUACAUACGGAUAUACUAUGCGGCUAAAGCGAGGGCCCGUCGAGGGAUCCGUAAGCCGCCGCGACGCCAGCCCCAGGACGCCGUCACCAGCUUUUCCAAUAGCCCCGGGGGUGCGAAAAACGGCGUCGCCGAACCCAGCGAAACUCCAGCAGGAGGUUCCAUUGUAGAUAGAAAUAGUAAUAAUUCCGCAAGAGACGCCGAAGGCCAAAUAGCCACAAUCGAGUCCCAUCCUCCACCCAUGGCCAUUCCAACAGUAACCUGCGACCUGGCAUCCGACAUUUCCACCAGCGAUAACGCCGACUUGGCCGCUCAGGAACUCCAAGAGCAGAAGGAUACUCUAAAGGUGUUCGCGCCGAACGUGGGCCAAGUGGUGCGCAACCCCCUAGCGCAGUGUCAAUUCAGCGGCUCCUCGCUGUCCGUGAACGGCGAGCUGCAGCAGCAAAUGGCGGCGGCGGCGCGCAGCCGGCAGCCCUCCAUGGGCAUCGACACCGACAUGGUCAGCGAGUUCGAUCCGAGCAGCUCCGACUCGGGCGUCGUCGCCCAAUGCACCGUCAUCAAGCCGCUGAAGGUGAAGAUCUGCAACCCGCUGUUCGGGCGCAACAAAAAGUCGCACGGCCGCAGCAAAAGCGACGGCGGCGCGGGCGGCGACAAGCCGCCGCCGAAGUCGCCGACCAGUGAGAAAGUGUCGGUCGAGUUCGUGGUGCCGCGAGUGAACAAACCGAAGGACCCCGAGCGGGAGAAGCGGCGCAUCGCGCGCCAGAAAGAGAAGAGGGCCACUCUUAUCUUGGGACUUAUCAUGGGGUCGUUCAUAGCGUGUUGGCUGCCUUUCUUCUUCAUGUACAUACUGAGGUUAGCCUUGAACAUUCCUAUGAUUGCUUUCGCUACGGCCUUUUGGUUAGGUUACAUGAACUCAGUCCUGAAUCCUGUUAUUUACACCAUCUUCAACAAGGAUUUCCGCAGGGCGUUUAGAAGGAUAUUGUUUAAGUGAUGUUUGACCUACGUGUGCUGCUAUGAUUGCGUCAGCCGGAGGAUCCGGACGGCGCAAUUUCGCAGCGCACCUAGCGCCCUUUAUCGACACUAAAUAAAUUCUCGACAAUCCUUCGCCCUAUAUCAUCAUCUCCUACUGACAUUGUAUACAUGUUUCGUUUCAGAUAUUUUUGUACUCGCCUGAAAGUGCGCCAUGGAAAAGUGCUUAAAAGCUGCUAAAGGUUUAUUUUGAUAUUUAAAAUUGUUUUGAUAAUUCCUUGUCAAAUGUUCAAUUGAUAAUACCGUUAAAGGGAUUUUUUAUUGUGUCCAAAAAUGAAAUCGGCAUACGAAAUUCGUACGUAAAAAUUAUAUUCGUAAACUAAAUUGAAUGCUGCUAAUUUUUAGUAGGUUAGAGUGAUUGUUUUUGAAAUUGGAAACAGUUAUGUUUAUUGUAAAUGUACAACGAAAUUUGAUAUUCAGUGUAGGUUGCGUUAAUUCAAUUCGGACUGGUUUUGAUUAUAAAAUAUUAAAAUUUAAUCUCCGGUUAAAAGUAAAAACGUACGUUCACUGCAUAAUUAGUGUUGUUGAGCACCAUUCAAAUUCUUCUAUUUCUUCUAUAUCCUUUCUUUAUUCUUCUAUUAGAUACCUCUACACGUGCUCAAAACACAAACUAAAAUAAUAGAGUUAUCAGAAAUUUAUAAAAUCAAUUCGAGCUCGUUAUUCGCACUUGUAAUAUUUUUGUGGGAGUUUACGUAUUUAAAUAAUUUUCUUAUUAAAUGUGUAGCGAGUAGGAAAACUGACAUUUAAUUAUUUCGUAUAAAAAAAUUAAUUGUUAGGUAGGUACCGUAAUAUAAGUGCAUAUGUAUAUACUAACAAUUGAAUAAAGCUGAGUCCCACGGUGCCAGUCCGACUUGUAGAUUGUUGUUAAAAUUUACGAAAAGUUAUCAACGAGAAAAUCGAUUGAAUUCCUUUAUUAUUCGUGCUAUUGAGUUUGAAAGGUGCAGGUGACAGAUAAAAGCGAUUUAAUUAAUAGAAAUUGUACAUAAAGAAAAUGAGAAUAUUUUCUAAUUAAGAAACCUUUUUAAUAAAUUAGUUUGUCGAUGAAAUACACUUCAUAAAUUUUAAUCAAGACUUUCUACAAAGGAAAUAAACAUUAUAUUUUAAGGUUAAUAAAUCAUGUACAUUUAUCCUUUGUAAA